CCGUGGCGGGCUCGGCUCAGGCUCAUAGGGUUCAUGUGAUCCUGCAGGGAGGUGUUUGGUUAUAAAAGACCAGUUCACCCUCCAGCUUGUGUUUGAGAGCUGAACGUCCUCUCGCGGAGGGACAGCGGGUCGUUUCUUCCCCCCCCCCCCGGUGCGCAUUUGGGAUCUUUCCAUCACUUGUGACGCGCUGCAGCUCCGAUAAUGGGAGACGCUCAGUCUGCGCAACGGGACCGCGAGGAGGAUGCAGCGGAUGGGGAGGAGAGCGGAAAGGUGGAUGAUGCUCAGACUGAGCAGAAUAUCGAAGACAAGCCGUUCAAAACCAAAGGGCAGAUUUCUGAGAUCAAUGGAAAAGCCGACAGCUCUAAAGCAGAAGUUAAUGGUCACUGUGAGGAUGAGAUUGCUGGAAAGGUUGUCCUCUCACUCGACGAAGAUGUCUCACACACAGAAACGCCACUUAAAGAAGAAACACUAUUAGAAAAUGCUGAAAUAAAUGAAAAGGAAUCUUCACCUAAUGAAGCUGAUGCUAAUGAAGACAUACCCCUGGAAAUUACUGAAAUGAAUGCAAAGCAGAAUGACAUCAAUGAAAGUUUUAGGAGAUUUUUCAGUAACAUUGGUUUGAAAUUGACAGUUAAAAGGGGCUCAGGUGAAAUCCCAAAAGAUGUGCCCGAUGAUACCAACAAAGAAGAACCAAACAGACCAGACAAGGUUGAGGAUUCCACAAAAGAAACCACUAGUGAGACUACUGAACAGAACACUGAUGUGAACAUGGCACAGGAGACAUGUGAUAAUGAUUCAACAACAUGUCCAACUCCGACAGACGUUACGUCGGAGGAAGUUCUUGAAGAUGCGGAGGAGAAAGAGGUAGAAACCAAACAUGAGGUUGAAUCUGACAAUGGCAAUGCAGCAAUGCCUUCACCUUCAGGAGAAGAUGUGAACCAAGAUACCGCAACUGAAGAAAAGCCACCCCCCACUUCUCUAUCUAGUCCCGAAGAAGAAGUUGUUGUUGCUGUAUCUCCAGUUAAAAGGUUUUUUACGACAGGACUCUUUUCUGGACUACGGAAGAAAAAGAAGCCUGCAGAAGAUGAGACGACUGACAAAGAAAUGAACGAUACAGGCAAAAAAGAGGUCGUAGAGAAGACAGACGAAACAGUACAAGACCAACCAGAGGAUAAAGAGGAUGUUGGUCUUGGUGUUGACGAAACUGCAAUUCAGACAGAAGAUGAGGAACAUGAACUAAAAGGGGAGAUCGUCUCAACAGUUCAGGCGAUGGACGCAUCCACGGACCCAUCAAGCAUCAUUGUCACUGCGCCUGAACUUCUGAGUUCUCAAGAAAAGGACAAAGUCCAAGCCAGUCCUAUGAAAAGGCUGCUGCUAGGGUCUAAUUUAAAGAAACUAUCCAAAAAGCAAAGAAGCAGGAGAUCCAGUGAUGCAAAAUUGUCCAACUCUGGAGAUGAUGAGUCAGAUCAGCUCCUAUCGUCUACUGGGAAUGCUGAGAAUCAGAAAGAAGAAGGUUGUGUGCAACCCUCUAGAGAGACAGCCGGAGAGGAGGAAGGUGCAUGGGCUUCCUUUAAAAAGCUUGUGACUCCAAAAAAGCGCAUAAGAAAAUGUUCCCUAACUAGUGAAGGGACACAAAUCCCAGAUGCAGCAGAGGAACAAAAACCAAGCGAAGGAGGGCAAAUGUCAGACCACAGCACAGAAGAAGGCAAAAAACGAAAAGACUCCUCUGUUUCGUGGGACUCUGUUCUUUGUAGAUCCGGAAGGAGAAGAAGUCUGAAAACGUCAGACUCUGAGGAUGAAACACCUCAAAUUGAAGACGGUGGAUCUAAAUUGGACGUAAAAAAUGAGGUUGAUGAAAUGUUUGCACAUUCUCUCAAACAAGCAGGAGGUUCUUCAGAGGGCAACGGAGCGUCAACGUGGGAAUCACUUAAGAAACUUGUAACUCUUAAAAGGAAAGCCAAGGGUGAGAUGACAGCAAAGACACGUACAGUCUGAUAGUGACGGUACUCAGAUGAGUGCGCAUUGUCAAUAAAGAAACUCCUCCCAGGACGAAAAAAAAGAAAAUCCGCCAAAAAGCAGGACCAGGUAUCUUCAGAUGAGACUGAUAAGGAAGCAGCUUCAGAUGAAGAAGACUCCGACACACCAGCCGUGGUUCCAUUGUCUGAGUUUGAUACAGUUGAGACAGAGGUUUGUACACAACCACAUGCAGGCGUUGAAAGUCUUCUUCCCAAGGAAGAGGACUCUGAAAUCCAGCAAGACCUUCUUGAUCCGAUGGCUGAACCUGUCCUACCUUGUGACAAUCUGAAAACUGAAGCAAAGAAAGUCAGAGGAAAUAAUGACGCUUUAGAGAACCAGGCAACGACAAACCGUGCUACGGAUGAAGAACCUGAUGAUCUCACAGAAUCAAUCAGUAAACCGCAACUCAGUGACAUUCCAGAGGAGGCCACCCCAGCUUCGGUCACGGAGGAGGCGGCUAGAGAUGAUACGAUAGCGGACGACCUGAAAGAGAUCACAUCUGAAGCCAUUACUGCUGCAGAGGAUUUAGAUAUCACCCUGGCAGAUGCAACCGAAAUGAUCUCUGCAGUUUCCCAGUUAUCUUCAGAGUCUUCCAAAACGUCCGGCAACACAACACCGGUCCCAGCAGAACACGUGGUUGAGGAAACAGAUGUGCUUCUGUACCAGGUUGUCGAAACCAUCGGCAUAAGUCCGGAGGCAGCUCCGGUUUGUUCAUAUGAAUUAAGAUCUGAAGGAACAGCCUUUUCUGCCUCACAUCAAAUACUGGAAACAUUUGUAAAGGAAGAACCUAGAAUUCUGGAAUUACACAGAAGUUUAGAUGUUACUAAAAUUGACAGCGACGUAAAGCUUGUGGAGCUGGACACAAAAACUGAAAAUGUAGACAUCACUCAACUAGAGAGCGUAUUGGAAGUCAAUGACUCCAUUUCUACAGAGAUUGUAUCUGAAGCUCCUACUGAGGAGUUUAAUACUGCUGAAAUGACUGAAGAUGAAGUAGAAGAGGUUGAAGUUGCACAUCCUGAAUACAGCGUAACAGAAUUAGAAGAUGUCGAAGAGAAUAUAACUAAAUUAGCUGAAGCGGACAAAAUUUUGGCAGAUGAAGGGUCUCUUGUUGAGGCACAUCAAACUGAAACUGAGCCCCCUAAACUAGACUCUGAAGAAGCAGACUUUGCUUCAACAGUGGCAGAUGAAAUUAAGGAUGUGGCUAUGGAGCAGGGGGUCCAAUCUGAGAAUGAUAAUCAACAACCAGUAGAGGUGGAAUAUUUGUCAGAAUUAGCAAAUGUACAAACUCUUGAAUUAAAAGAACACACCCCAAAAAGUGUGUGUGUUCCAUCACUUGAAAAGGACAUAAUACCAAAGGCCAUUCCAGCAGACGAAACUGUUAGAAAUGAACUCAAAGAUGACUUAGAAACAUAUGCUGUCCAACCUGAACAUGUUCGUGUACCAGAAGCAUCCGAAGCUGAGAAAGCCUCCACAUUAGAUCCAGAGGAAGGCAGCCUUCAAUCACCGACAGAGGACGUAAAAUCAGAAGACAUUCUGCCAGCAGAAACGGUUACAGAUGAACCCAACCUGGAAGGAGAGCAUCUCACAGAAGUCAGUGUCGGCCCAGAAAACCAAGAACUACAAGUGAAUGCUAUGAAAACUGUCCAAUCCCUUGAAAGGGAAGUAAUAUCCGAUAAUGUUCCAGGAGGAGAAACGGAUGAACCCCAAAAGGAAAUGAUGCUUCUCCCUGAAACCAAUCUUGGGCCAGUGGACGCUUCCACAACUGGACAUGUUCAAGAACAAGAUGCAACAGAAAUAGCUGCAAAAAAUGGCAGUGUGCCAUCAUUUGAAAAAGAGGUGAUAUCAGUUCCAGCAGAGGUUCUCACUCGAGUCAGUGUUGUGCCAGAAAACCAUGAACUACAUGUGAUCGGUAUGAAAAAUGUUCAAGAACUAGAAGAAUUUCAGGCUGGUCGAGCACCAAAACCAUAUUCAGAGGAGGACAGUGUUCGUUCCCUUGAAGAAGAGUUUAUACCACUGAUCGUGGUAGAAACCGAUGAACCCAAAGAGGAAACAACGCGCCUACCCGAAGACACUCUUGAUCCAGUGGACGCUUCCAAAACUGAACAUGUUCAAGAAUCAGAAGUAUUUGAGGCCGUUCAACAAACAAGAUUAGAUUCAGAGGAAGGCAGUGUUCCAUCAGAAAGAGAGGAAACCAAAUCAGAAGAUGUUCCACCGGAAGAAACCGUUACAGACAAACCCAAACAGUUUCUCCCUGAAGUCAAUGUUGAGCCAGGAAAUGAAGAACUUCCAGUGAAUAUUAUGAAAAUGGUUCAAGUAACAGAAACACCAAGUCAAGUCAUUGAAGCACCAAUAUUAGAUUCAGAGGGUGUCGUUCAAUCACUUGAAAAAGAGCUGAUAUCAGAAAUGUUUCCAGAUAAAAAAGCAGAUGAACCCGAAGAGGGAACAAUAUAUCUAUCUGAAGACAUCGUUGUGCCAGUGGAUGCGUGUAAAACUGAACACGCUAAAGAACCACAAGCCUCUGAAGCUGUUCCAGCACCAACAUUAGAUUCAGAGGAAGGCAGCAUGCAAUCACCAAAUGAAGAAGUCAAAUCAGAAGACCCACCAGAUUCAGAGGGGGCAAUGCUUCUGUCACCUGAAAAGGAAGUAAUAUCUGAGGAUAUUCCAGUAGUGGAAACAAUUACAGAUGAGCCCGAACAGGAAAAUCAAGUUGAGCUAGAACAAACACCAGUAGAAGCUGUGGAAACAGAACGUGCUGAAGAACCAGAAGCAUUACCAUCUGACGUAAUAGAUAGUCUAACUGAAACAAAAAUGCUUGCAGGGACAUCGACGUGUAUGCAAGUAGUCACAGAAAGUAUUGAGGGAGGAACGACUCUGGGAUUUGAGAAAACAAUAUGGUUGGAUGACGUCCGUAAACCAGACACUGGUAGCGUCAUUGCUUCGGUUACAGAGGAAGGUCCCUCUUUAGAGAAAGCAGAGGACCAGAACACAGAGAGAACUACACCAGAUACUGGGAUUGAGCAGGAAGGUCACAUACCUGCAGGUGUAGACCAGUUACUAACAUUAACAGCAGCUUGUGUAUCCGCUGGGAAAGAGGAAGCAGUAAACGUCCUAGAGGUACUAGAAAAGACUGUAUUGACUGAAGACACUCCAGCAGACAAUGCUGCCGUUACAGAUGAACCCAAACACGAAGAGCAUCCAAGCACAGUGCAAGACGCCGUUGAGGGACCAAAUGAAAGUGAGCGUUCAGGCGCUGGGAUGAAGGCCGCUCCCGCUGAGCACGCCGUGGUGGCGCAAGUAGUCGUGUGUAACAUAAAAGAUGCCUUAGUUGCAAUACCUGAUAUUUUGAUAGAGAAAACAUCCCCCAUCACCGAACCCUUGAGAGAAAUAGUCACACGGGAGCUAAUGUCCAGAGAGCAUGUGGAAACCUCGGCGCUGUUGGUGCCGGACGAGGAGGCCGAGGCAGCCGGGGAAAGCAGUGUGGUUGUGAUGAUGCACGUGCCGUCGGUGGAGUUGGAGGACAAUCACAGAAUUCAAGUGCAGGUAGUCGGCGAUGAUAUCAAGUCAGCCGAGUCGAGUGUGGACACGGUGCUCGAGGUUGGGAUAACGCGGGUCAAAGAAGUCAUCGACGGUUGUCACGGCGACGUUGAAAACGAUUUCUACGCAACUCCACUGAUUGAAGAGGAAUUAAUUAAUGAGCAGGACAAGGUGACCAUUGAAGGAGUCAUCCUGCACAUAAAGGAAACCCUACCAGAGAAAGAAGGCGAAUCGACGCAAGAAGGCGCUGAACAGCCGGAUGAUGUGACAGAAGAGAGUGAGACGGUUGAAAGCGAAUCAAAUGAAGUGGACGAUCAAAAAGAGACAGCUGGCAGUGGAGCGUGUUCCCUGGAAAGAAUCGGGGAUGUCGCCGCAACGGGACAGCGAGGGGCCGAGGAUCUCCUGACCACAGCUGAUAUUCCAGCAUGUUUAGAUGUCCCGUUCCAUCCUCAAAGAGACGAAUCAGAGGAAACCAAAGUAGAAGAGCGCAAAGAAGCACAAAUGAUCCAAACUCUGAUUGUAACACCUGCUGCCACCCAAAACACGGAAGUCAUCUCGUCCGUAGGUAACGGGGACUCCUCCUCAUGUCUCUCCAUUGAAUUGAAACUUAACAUAAAUUUUGGCCAGCCAAAUAAACCAGCUUCCCCACCGCCUACAACGGAAAGAUCUGGACCUGCGAACAAGGCAGACGUGUCUGAGGUCGGAGUUCAGGCAGCAGAGGUCGAACCCGUGACGACAAUCAAACAGAUAGAGUUAGCGGGGCUCGCUGUUCAGGGGACAGCAAACACAGAACCAGCGGAAAAUAUGGAUUCAACGGAGAGAUCCGUGACUGCGACUCAACCGGUACUGCUGCAAAUCAGCGUCCAAGCGAUGGAAGCAGAAGAACAAAUGAAACCAGCAGAGACGGUGACCUCCAGUGACACCGAAACAAAACAAGCAGUGGGGCAGACAGAAACAACGGAAGGGUCCCCCACUCACCAGGGACUCUCUGAAGCUGCAGAGCAACAAACAGAAACAAAAACGCCCGCUAAACAAAAAGAGGAGGAGCAGGAUGUGUGGAUGGAUGCUGAGGAAAGAUGUCUACACUCAAGAGAAAACAGAUGCGUGCCGUCUGCAGGUGGAGGAACCUCCAGGAGAGGCCGAGGCGGGACUUGAACGCGUGGUUGAAAUGGCUCCUGAUUCCAAGACUGAGGAAGAAGAAAGUCAACAGAAAAUGCUCAAGACGGCAGAAAGAUGUGGAACUGAUAGUGAAUGUGAGGAUUUUGCUUUCGCACCAGAGCAUCCUGAAAUUGAAACUGUGAGAGUCACAACAAUGGAGUGAAAUGAAUUCAAACCGGUUGGACAGUCAAUUAAGUUUGUUAGGAGUUUCCAAAAAGACAUCAGAGUAUCACAGACGGUGGUAGAAGAACUUUAGGAAACAGCCAUCUUUUCUUUUCUUUGAUAUUACGGAAUGUUAUUAUCAUAAUGUGUGUGAUUAAUCAGCUAAUCUAUUAAUUGGAGAAAUGCUACGCUUGGCUCAGGGUGCAUGCAGCGUCAUUCUAAAGGGUUGCAAGUGAACUCCUUCCAAACCAAACCUUUAUUCAACGGUAUUGUAACUCUCAUGCAUUGUUUUUAUGUUCAAUCCAAUCACGUCGGGGUUUUCAAUUAUAAACCAUGUUUUUUGCAGAGAUCUAUCUUGAUCUUUUUUUUAAAAUUAAUGUAUAUACAAGAGUAUAAGACAGCAUUUCUGUUUGCAUUUUUGUGUUACAAAUACACCUGUGAAAGUAUUGAAAAUCAUUCAUCCAUGAUGUGUAUGAGCCCGGCACUGGACAAAUGUAUUUUGACCAGAAAGGGGCAUAUUACUAUAUGUAGAUAUUUCAAUGUCUUGUCUAUGUUCAGUGUUAUUAUUCCUUUAUUAAUCAUUUGACAUAAAACAUGCUCCUAUGAUAUCUAUGCAGGUGAAGACUACAGCUCAGGCUGAACAUAUUACUAUUACUGUAUAUUAUCUUGUACAUAAUGGGGGGUUUAAUGCUUAUACAGGCGCAUGCACUAAUGUUUAAUCUACCAGACCUUUUUAACUAUGUCAAGUUUUAAGAUUCUUCCCUUUCUUUGCUAUGUAUCUGUCGUUAAUUCAGUUGUAAUCAGCAAAGCCUUAAACAAUGGCGGCAGCUUUACUCAUCCCGUUCUAUUUAUCAGCAGUUAAACAUCAAGCCUCUUCAGAGGAUUUCUUUCCACUUAUACUUUAAUGGAAAAGUCUUGCUUAUCUUUGAUGUUAAAUAUCUACAAAAUGCAAAACAUAAACCUGAGUUAGUUAGAUAUCUUUAUAUAUGUGCAUAUAUUUUAUGUAUAAAAUAAUAUUUUAUCGGAAUAAAUUGAUACCUGGAUAUCCUGCAA